ACGUGGUGCAAACAAUACACGCUCCCGCGAAAACUGUAUGUUGUCGCGCGCGCGCUGUCCGCGUGGAGGGUUUAUAGAAGGGGAAGAGGAGCCGAGCGGAGACCCUGCUGAGUUACUCGGUCGGGUAAACAGCUGCUGAAUAAUGUUUUGCGAAAAGGCAGUUGAACUUGUCAGAGCUCUUCACCGGAUGAGUGAUGGCCAGUUGCCUGCUUUUAACGAGGAUGGCAUUCGACAAGUGCUUGAAGAAAUGAAAGCUUUAUACGAGCAAAACCAAAGUGACGUGAAUGAAGCCAAGACUGAGGGCAAAACUGAACUCAUACCAACCAUCAAGUUUCGUCACUGCUGCUUGUUGAGGAACCAGCGCUGUAUUGCAGCCUACCUUUACGACCGCCUCCUGAGGAUCCGUGCUCUCAGAUGGGAGUAUGGAAGUGUGCUGCCCACAACAAUCCAGUUCCACAUGUGUGCAGAGGAGUUGGAGUGGUUUAAUCAGUACAAGAAGUCACUGGCCACAUAUAUGAGGUCACUUGGAGGAGACGAGGGUUUGGACAUAACACAAGACAUGAAACCCCCUAAGAGCCUGUAUAUUGAGGUGCGCUGCCUGAAAGAUCACGGAGAGUUUGAAAUUGAUGAUGGAACGGUUAUUCUCUUGAAGAAGAAUAGCCAGCAUUUUCUUCCCCGCUGGAAAUGUGAGCAGCUGAUUCGGCAGGGAGUGCUGGAGCACGUCAUUUCUUAACAUGUGAUGCCCUCUCACGGGUUUCAAUAGUUACAAUAAUUUAACACUUGUCAGUUACUUGUAUGUUGCUCAAUAAUUCAAAAGAAAGAAUUUAUCAAGUCAGUGUCUAGGUGUUUUGCCGUGUGAAAUUUUACUGUCAAACUCUCACACUGCUGCCGUGUCUUAAACACAAAUGUUUUUCCUAUUAAAAAUAAAAUGCAGUGGAGGUGAUGCAAUUACAUUUUAGAUAAAUCAAUAAAAUUACAGCGUUUGCAA